AUGGAUCCAAGUGCACAUUGGAAAGAACUUAAUAGAAAGUAUUACAAAUUCCAUCAAUUCAAUCCUAUUAAUGGUGAGCAGAAGAGUCUUGAUUUUUUCUAUUAACGCAUAGCUGUAUCCAAAUGGGGUGGUCCUUUGGCUGCUACUAAAAAUUAUAAUCAGGUUAUCCUCAUGCGUACGGAUGACCUACUAAAAGACUCUAUUGUGUUCUUCUCUAACAAUGGCAAGAUCAUAUCUAAGGCUUAAUAUAAAGAAAUUGACAGAGUAUUAGAAUUUAAUUUAUGUAGAUUGCAUUAUUUGAUUUCCUUGAAGAUGAAUAAUUAUUGUUACUCAAGGCAAAUGGUUCAUAUUAUAUAGUAGAUCCAUUCAAAGGUACUAAAAAGAGUUAUGAUCUGAUGGAUCAAUUUAAAUAAUAACAAAUCCAUAAAGGUUUAAUUGUUAACAAUGGGUUUGUAUUGAUGACAACUAAUUAUGAAUUCUUCUAUAUACCAAAUGCUUAUGAACCUUAAGUUCAUAAAAUGAAACCAUCUAAUCUUACUUAAGAACCUGAACAUUGGUAAGUUAUUCCACCUCAAAAAACUUAGAGUGGAAAAGUGGAAUUAUUGAUAACUAAUCCAGAUGGUGGAAUUAUUCAUAUAAUUGAAGAUGAAAAAUGGAAGAUAUAUUAUAAUAAAGAUAAAAUAGUUAAUGAGAUUGAUAAGAAAUUACCUGAUCUUAGAAACAUAAAAAUGAUCAGUUUAUCAUCUAAUUAUAAAAACUUAGCAUUACUUUAAUACAAUAAUUCAAGAUGGGUUGUAACAUUUAUAUCUGAUUUUUUUGAUUCAACAGAUUGUAAAUAAAUACCAAUCGAUCUUAAAGAAGAAGAUAUUAAAAAAGAAGAGAGNUACUAUUAUAAUUGUCAUUUUAUUUAUCAUUCAUAUAUAAUAAAAUAAGAGAAGCAAUUGUAAUAAAUAGAUUAAGACUUUAAGAAGUAAAUAUUAAAAUAGAUACUCAUAUUAUUAUUUAGUAUUAUUAUGUUGAUGUAUCAUUUAAAGAUUAAUACUUUCAUCUUUUAAUUACUCUUUUUUACUUAUAUAUUUAUUUAAUUAUUUUAUAUGGAUCCAAGUGCACAUUGGAAAGAACUUAAUAGAAAGUAUUACAAAUUCCAUCAAUUCAAUCCUAUUAAUGGUGAGCAGAAGAGUCUUGAUUUUUUCUAUUAACGCAUAGCUGUAUCCAAAUGGGGUGGUCCUUUGGCUGCUACUAAAAAUUAUAAUCAGGUUAUCCUCAUGCGUACGGAUGACCUACUAAAAGACUCUAUUGUGUUCUUCUCUAACAAUGGCAAGAUCAUAUCUAAGGCUUAAUAUAAAGAAAUUGACAGAGUAUUAGAAUUUAAUUUAUGUAGAUUGCAUUAUUUGAUUUCCUUGAAGAUGAAUAAUUAUUGUUACUCAAGGCAAAUGGUUCAUAUUAUAUAGUAGAUCCAUUCAAAGGUACUAAAAAGAGUUAUGAUCUGAUGGAUCAAUUUAAAUAAUAACAAAUCCAUAAAGGUUUAAUUGUUAACAAUGGGUUUGUAUUGAUGACAACUAAUUAUGAAUUCUUCUAUAUACCAAAUGCUUAUGAACCUUAAGUUCAUAAAAUGAAACCAUCUAAUCUUACUUAAGAACCUGAACAUUGGUAAGUUAUUCCACCUCAAAAAACUUAGAGUGGAAAAGUGGAAUUAUUGAUAACUAAUCCAGAUGGUGGAAUUAUUCAUAUAAUUGAAGAUGAAAAAUGGAAGAUAUAUUAUAAUAAAGAUAAAAUAGUUAAUGAGAUUGAUAAGAAAUUACCUGAUCUUAGAAACAUAAAAAUGAUCAGUUUAUCAUCUAAUUAUAAAAACUUAGCAUUACUUUAAUACAAUAAUUCAAGAUGGGUUGUAACAUUUAUAUCUGAUUUUUUUGAUUCAACAGAUUGUAAAUAAAUACCAAUCGAUCUUAAAGAAGAAGAUAUUAAAAAAGAAGAGAGUGCAGAAAAAGAUAUAAGUAAAAUUGAAAGACCUAGAAGAAUGUUAUGGUGUGGUGAUGAUUGCGUUGUUUUACAAUUAUAAUAAUACAUAGUCUUAGUUUCUUAAGACUCUUAUAUUAAAGUAAAAAUGAGUAAUUCGCAUUUUGCACUUAAAUAGGAAAUUGAUGGUGUUAGAAUAUUAACAUAAAAGAAAAAUGAGAUUUUACGUAAAUUACCUGAAGCUUAUGUUAAUGUAUUUUUACCACUCUCUGUUAAACCAGGUGCUUAAUUGCAUUCUGCUUAUGAGUCAUUUGAGUAAAAGAAUCCUAUUGAAGAUGAUGAAUUAAGAUCUAAAAAAACUGAACUUGGAGAAGCAGUUAAUGAUUGCAUUAAAAGUGGAUAAUUUGAAAUUAAUCCUGAAUAUUAAAUGAAAUUAUUAAAAGCAGCUAGUUAUGGUAAAACAUUCUUAGGAAAUUAAUUGAUUGAUCCAAAUCUAUUAAAUGAAACUUGUAAAUAUCUCAGAGUAUCAAAUGCUUUACGUAGAAAUGGUAGUAUAGGUAGUAGAGUUGUAACUUAUGAAUAAGUAUUGUAAUUAAUUAAGAAUCCAGAUUUAUUUAUCACUCUUUUACUUAGAUAUAAUUUACAUUAUUUAGCUAUUGAAAUUUCACGUUUCCUUAAAUUCUAAAUUAAAUAAAAAUCUACAAUUUAUACACAUUGGGCAUGUUGUAAAGUUGAAAGUUAAUUGGAUGAUGAUUAAUUAUGUUAGAUUAUCAAGGAAAAGAUUAAGGAAGAGAAAGGAGUAUCAUUUACUUAGAUAGCAUAGAAAUCAAUUGAAAUAGGCAAAUCUUAAUUAGCAUUAAAACUUUUAGACAAUGAAUAAAGUUUAUCUAAACGUAUUCCUGUACUUAUUUGGAUGGCUAAUUAUUAAUAAGGAAAUAAUAAUUCAUAUUAUGAAAAAGCUUUAAUUGAUGCAAUUGCCUCAAAAGAUUCAAAUUUGAUUUAUCUAGUAAUAAUGAAAUUUUUGAAAACUGAUAUGGAUGAAACUUAUAAAUUUGGUAUUUUAUCCUAAAAUCCUGUUGCCUAAGCACAUUUAAUUUAUUAUCUAAGAAAUUUUGAUGAUAAAUACUUAUAGAAAUAUUUAUAGUAUUUAAAAAAAUAUGAUGAAUGUGGUUUAUUAGCCAUCAAUUAAGCAUAUUAAUAGAAUAAUUUAACUGAAAAAAUCAGGUUUUUAGAAUUUGCAUAGAAAUUCUUUGAAGAAGAAAGCAAAGAUUCUUUCUAUAGUAAAAUAUUAUAAGAAUAAAUAAAAACAUUAAAUGAUUUAAAAUAAGAAGUUGAAAGAGAGAAAAAGGAAAAGAGUAAAGUAAUAAUGGAAGAAAGACCAUUGAAUUCAAUAAUGGAGGCAUUUCUAUCUAAAGAUAAUCUUCAAUUAGCUUAAGAAUUUGCAAAGGCAUAUAAAAUCCCAGAAAGAAGGUAAUUAUUAUCACUUAUAAUUAGAUUUAAUAUAACAAGAGUUAAGGCAUUAAUUAAUAAUAAGAAUUGGGAAGAGUUGGAAAGAUUUAUAAAUGAAAAGAAUAAAAAGAAUGUAUCCAUCCCCUAUGAAUUAGUUGCAGAUAUGUUGAUCAAAGCAGAUUAAGAAGAGAGAGGUUUAUAAAUGAUAAUGAAAAUGCCAGAUCCAGAAGUAAUUAUAGAAUUAAUAUUUUAAUAGGAAUCUUGCUAUAUGUUAUUAAAAAUUGGAUAAUAACGCCAUGCUGUUCAAGUAGCUAUUAACAAUAAAAAAUCAUAAUUAAUAUAAGACAUUAGAGGAUCUAUUAAUGAUAAUUAAGCUAGAGCAUAACUAGAAAUGUACUUAAGUUAAAAUCAAAAAUGAU